GUGACGAUACGCCGAAUCGAACCUGAAAGAAGGUCCAAGAAGAAAAUGCCCAAAAUUCAGAUCCAGCCUUUGCUUGUUCUUCAUCUUAUGAUAAUUGCUCAACUGUGGAGUAGCGAGUUCCCAAUUAUGUGCGAUGGAUUUUCAGUUUCCGGGCUGAGUUCGGUGAGAACAACAUCUGAUUUAGAGGAAAUGGGAAGGGUUUGCAAGGGAAAGAUGGGAGAAUGUUCGACGGAAAUGGAAGAGGGAAUGGAUUCAGAGAGCAAUCGGCGGAUGUUGGUGAUGCAGAAGAACUAUAUAAGCUAUGGAACACUGAAGAGAGACAUGGUUCCAUGUUCAACACCUGGGUCUUCAUAUUACAAUUGUAGGGCACAGGCAAAUCCAUAUAAUCGAGGCUGUGAAGUCAUAACCGGUUGUGCUAGAAGCAUAAGCGACAUCAAAUCUUGAUUGAUGAUGCCCAACAGACACGCUUUGAUCUCAUCAAUCAUCAUCAUCAUCAUCACCGGCGGGGUAAUUCUUUACUUUUGUACUAAUAUUAAUUGUAUGAUUUAAAUGGAUGGAUGGAAGGUAGGAAUCCCACAAUCUACAAUCUACACUGUAUACUAUAUCUUCCUUCUCCUUCUCCUUAAUAUAUAUACAAGAAAACCAGUCUAUCAUGUUUUCUACUCUCAA